CCAUUAAAUGUAGAAAUUGAAGAAAUUGAUAUUCGUGAUAUUCGGCAGCAAAAGAUCGACAAACUUUUAGAGCACGUAAUUGACUUGCCCGAUUCAAUUCUCGCGACAUUUAUAGAUAUAAUCGAAAAAGUUGCUAAAGAACAACUUAAUCAACCAGAAUAUUUAAAAACGUGGAACAC